AUGUUUGUUCAACUUGUGAGGCAUUACGAAUCCAAAGAUUACAGAGACAAAUUCAUCUCUGAUUGCACUGCAAUCCGACACUACAACACUUCCACUGGAGAACACAAUGCUUCAGCACUCCCACAUGGAGAGUACAUGAUGAGUGGGUUUAGUCUCAGUCUUGUGGAGAAAAAAUUUCUUGAUGCAAUAAUUACAGGGCUAAGAUUGGUUGAACCGAAUUUUGGUAUCUCAAGUUCUAACUGCGGCUGUAUCCGAACGGUAAAUGGAAUGUAUCAUCAGCCAUCUCACCUGGAUCAUGGAAUGUUCCGGAUGCAGGACAAAGAGGGACAAGCCAAGGCUUUCAUUGGACACAUUGGUCUCAUGCCAGAGGGAUGCCUUCUCAGGCUAGAUCUACUUACAGACAAGGCAAUGAUGUAUAUUAGUAAGGGAGAGGAGAUUCCUCAAGAUCUGGCCCUCUGGACAGAACUGAAGUUUGUACAUGUCCCAUAUGGGGCAUUCUUGUUAAUCAAUGCAAGGCAGUUCCAUGGUGGUCACUAUGGAUCAGAUGAUGCACUUAGGUUCCACUGUUUCCUCUCAACAUUGCCAUGGGAAAGCAACAACAAGACAGAUGAGAUAUGUCUCCUUCCACGGAUGACUGAGUCUGGGGCUGUUCCGCCUCCAAAGACAGCUACUUUGGAUUUGAAAGGAAUGAUGGAAAUGAUGAGCACAACAAGGCUAUCAUUAUAG